CAAACGGUCUUACUCGGUCUUUGUUUUGAUUUUUGCACUGCAUUUAAUUUUGCAAAAAAAAACAAUGUCCUACGCCGGCUACAGUCAGCUGCCCAGUGGCAGUGACCACGAACAGCGUCAGCAGCAGCUGGCAGCCAGCACCUACGAUGUCCUGCAGCGCACCGGCGACAGCAUUCAGCGCUCCAAUCAGAUUGCCAUCGAAACUGAGAACAUGGGGGCGGAGGUGCUGGGUGAGUUGGGUGAGCAACGCGAGUCCUUGCUGCGCACCACACGCCGCCUGGAAGAUGCCGACCAGGAUCUGUCCAAGUCUCGCGCAAUCAUACGCAAACUUGGCCGCGAGGUGCUCUACAAUAAGAUCAUAUUGGUGUGCAUAAUCCUACUGGAGUUGGGCAUACUCAUUGGCCUGCUGGUGCUCAAGUUCGCGCACCUCUGAGGUGUAUUCCAAAGUUAAAUGAUUGAGUUACCCAACGAUAGGUGGAGGGGCGUUUAAUUACGUUUUAUUUGAAUUGUUCUACCUGUAACACACAUCAACGUUAAGCCCAUGCCUUAGACAUAUUAGUGCAGUAAGUUACAUUUUGUAUGUAUUAUUGAUAAAUAAACACAGACACGUAUAAUA